AUGGACAAAGCAACAACAAUCAAGCUCAACAUCACAUUUUUCUCCAUUUUCUUCUCCUUAUUAUCAUUGUCUUGUUCCAAUGUGAACUCAUUGUCUGAAGAACCCAAUGCAACAACUCCAAACUUGACAAAGCUAAAGCUAAUAAACCCCUUCACACCCAAGGCCUCACUCAUCAGGUACUGGAAAAACCACAUUUCCAAAAAUACCCCUCUACCGCCUUUCCUCCUCUCGAAAGCCUCGCCUUUAUCCCCCGUUGAGUCCUCGUUUUUCGCCGAGCUCGUCUCCCGAGACUCCCUCUCGUCCCACCUCGCCGCCUUCUGCUCGUCCGGGAACCUCCUCUGCCCCCUCGACUCAAAACCCGUCCUCGAGAAACGCAACGCGGACGACGCGAACUUCACGUCGUACACGAAUAAAGCCUUCCCGAACUACGGAAAUGCCCGUCUCGGAGGAGCCGACUCGUUCAAGUCCUACUCGGAGGGUAUCAACUUCGCCUCCGGCUCGUUCGCGCGGUAUAGCCGGGCGGCCACCGGCCACCGGGAAAGCUUCGCCGCCUACUCCGGCGACGCCAACGUGGCGGCGAACAACUUCACUUCGUACGCCGUCGGAGCCGGCGGCGGCUCCGGCGACUUCAAAAGCUACGCGCCCCGCGUGAACGUGCCGGACAACGAAUUCGCGUCGUACGACUCGAACGCCGACGGGCACCGGCUCACGUUCACGAGCUAUGCCGAUGACACAAACUCCGGGAAACAAUCGUUCGCCGGCUACGGGAAAAGCGGGAACUCGGCUCCCGUCGGGUUCGCUAGCUACGGAAGCUCGUCGAAUGUCGUGGGCUCGAUUUUCUCAGGUUACGGCGAGUCGGGCAAUGCGGCGAACGACUCGUUUAAGUCCUACACGACGAACGCGAACAACCCGAACAACAACUUCAAGAGCUACGGCGCGGGUGGGAACGGUGGGCUCGACGGUUUCGCGAGCUACCGCGACUUAGCCAACGCGGGCUCGGACGCUUUCCAAUCGUACGGGAAGGGCUCAAGCUCAGAGAAAACGAGCUUCUCGAACUACGGGAAGUCGUUCAACGGCGGGUCCGACACAUUCAAGGAGUACGCGAAGGGCUCGGUCGGGCAGCUAGUCGGGUUCAAAAUUUACAGCGCGAGCACGACUUUCAAAGAGUACGCGAAAAGGAACGGCGUCACAUUCGCGCAAUACACGAAACCCGGAGAAAACCCAUCAAAAAUCGUCCGAAAAACGGGCAGUCUAGCCGUGGAACAGGGGAAAUUCUUUCGAGAGAGCUUGCUAAAACAGGGGACGGUGACGAGGAUGCCUAACAUUACCGACCGGAUGCCGAGAAGGUCGUUUCUACCACCGGGGAUCGAGUCGAAGCUGCCCUUCUCGACCAACCGGCUGCCAGAGAUGAGACAGGCCUUCCAGGCCCGGGCCGGGUCGGCCGAGGCCCGAGUGCUCGAAAACGCUGUGGCCGAGUGCGAACGCGAGCCGAGCCAGGGGGAGACGAAGCGGUGUGUGGGGUCCGCGGAGCGGAUGAUCGACUUCGCGGUGUCGGUGCUCGGUCGGGACGCGGCCGUUCGGACGACCGAGGGUGUGGGCGGGUCGGGCGGUGACGUGGCGAUCGGGAGGGUCGAGGGUAUCGACGGGGGUCGGGUGACGAGGUCGGUUUCGUGCCACCAAAGCUUGUACCCUUACCUGCUGUACUACUGCCACGAGGUGCCGAAAGUGAGGGUGUAUGAGGUGGACAUUCAUGACGUGGAGAGUAAGGUUAAGAUCAACCGAGGGGUUGCCAUCUGUCACCUUGACACGUCAGCAUGGAGUCCGGGCCAUGGGGCCUUUCUGGCGUUGGGGUCGGGCCCGGGAAAGAUCGAGGUUUGCCAUUGGAUCUUUGAGAACGACAUGGCUUGGACUAAGGCUGAUUGA